AUGUCUCUACCACCAGCCCAAAAAGAAAUAGGCCCCCAUCCCAGUAAACUUUCCGUCACUUCUCCCAAUGACCCACAGGCAAUGCAGGCAGAUGUCGACCGCAAGUUGCACUUGUAUGGUGUCAUCCAAGCAUUCAGGCAGAACAAGUAUCCUGAUAACAAGCAAAUUGACGAGACGCUGAAAUACGUCAUUGAACAUUCCCCCGUCGACCAGUCUAAACUCUCUCCUGACGGCAGGAGACUGAUUCAGGAUGUUCAAGAUAUCCUCCAGACUACACGAGUCAUGGUGAAAGAGAAAAAUGCCGACGAACUAUUCCAAAAUUUUCUCUGUCAUACUAGUUAUGCCGAUGUUCAAGUCCCAAAGGCGACCACUGAGGCUGUCGAUGUCAGCCAGGAAGAUGUUAAAAAAGACCAUGAACAAGCCGUCGAACAUCUCCGCACCCUCCUCCGUCUCGUCCUCUCCAACUCAGAGGCUCGCAAACUCCUUUCGGACGCCUCGCUCAUCGGCCGUGAUCUCUUCGCUCGAGGCGCAGUCCGCAUCGCGGAAAAGGCACGUCCACAUGAAGCAGAUCUUGCUCGCGCAGACGACGCUGCGCCCUCGGAUGAAUGGAAGACUGAUAAAACCGAUGAAGACCUUUCCAAGUUGGAUACAACUGGCCAAGAUGCCCAAAGGAAAGCAGGGGAGGCUAAGGAUACUGUGAAGGGCGAGGUUGAGGGCCUGAGGCAGGAUGUUCGUGGCAAAGGCGAUGUGCGUGAGCAGGGCGAGACGGCUAAGCGCAGCUUUAUCGAUCGUCUUACGGGUGGGGUGAAAGAACAAGUGCCGACUGAGACGCGUGAGCAGGCUGGCCUUGCUGCUGAGGAGAAUCGUGGUGUGAAAGAGGAUGUGUCCAAGGCGAAGACGGACGAUCUGAAUGAGCAGGCUGAGGUCGCGAAGAAGAGUCUGAAGGAUAGGUUUAAUGGAUUGAUGGAGAAGGUUCCUCAGGACCACAGGGAUACAGCUAGAGAGCAGUACGAUAAAGGUAUCGAGUUUUUAAAAGAAGAGUUCCCCGAAGAACGUCGGGAUCAGUUUAUUUACCGAAUAAAGAAGGUCAUCGUCGAAUGUCAGAAGCAUUCUGAUUAUCAGGACGCUCUCAAUUGGUUCAUUGGCGCUAUCGAAACUUACUAUGGCCACGGAAGGACGUUAGGUUCUCAUCACGCCGACAAAGCAAACGAGAAUCUCGGUCAGGACCCCACUCUUCAACGCGCGGGCAACGAACUUCGCACUCUCCUGGAACGAUUUGCCAAUGGGAAGUCUCUUGAUGAUAUCUUUCACGCUGCGGAUCAACUCAACAAGGACGCGCAGAACGACGAGGGGCUUAAGCAAUGGUUCUCGGAUUUCGAUGCGUACGUUCGCAAGACGUUAUUGGAACCCGGGUUCGUCCUCGCUCCUCAAUGCAACACUGAGGCAAACAAACUUCGAGAGAGGGGACGAGCGUUCUUCGAGGCAAAGUACAAGGGUCACAAAGACGCAUUAUUUGAUGCGAUACAGGCUUGGUUCGUUGCCUGGGGCGACGAUCGUCUGAACAAGAGGUUCGGGAACGAUUGGAAGAGGCUGACGAGGGAUUUGUUGUUCUCGGAAGAGGGGAAUUUGACCUUUAAGCCUGCGCUUUGGGAAGAUAUUAGGAAGGUCAUUGUGCCGCAGUUGGCGCAGCAUGUGGGAUAUGUGCCGAUUCCUCGUAUCGAGUACACUGACAACCAGUUGGAUCUCGUCAUCGAGAAUCUUACCCUUCAAGGAAAGAACAUUCUACCCAAUGUCGUUUCCAUCGAUGCACACAACCACUUUUCCUUCUCGCCUUACGAUGCCAUUUCAGAUGUCAAUCGUCACGAAUUCAAGUUUACGUUCUCACAGAUUCAGAUGGAUAUGAGGGACGUAGCGUUCUGGUUCCACAAGAAGGGUGGGAUACCCAAGAUUAGGGAUUCGGGGCUGGCGGAUGUAUUGCUGGGUGGAGAAGGGUUGACGGUGAAAAUUCAUUUGACAGAUGCCGGAAGGGAUCCGAAGAGCGUGUUUGGGGUCAAGGACAUCAGUGUUAAGGUUGAUAGUCUGAAGUUCUCAGUUAGGGAUACGAAACAUGAUGUGCUUUACAAGACGCUCAAACCGCUCGCGACAGGUCUUGUAAAGAAGCAGAUCCAAAAAGCCAUCAACGAUGCUGUCCGUACGGGGCUCGAGUACCUCGACGAGCAGCUUGUGGCUGUUCGUGACAAGUACAACGAAGCGAAACAAUCAGACGAUAUCUCACGCACGCAAGUCCUUUCGUCGCUCUUUGAAAAGAAGAAAGACGACACUACUUCACUCAUAAGUAGUGGAGAGAGUUCGGGUGCGAGGAAGUCGCAGUUCAAGAUUGUUGCGAAGAGAGAGAGUAGUUUGAUUCCUAAUACCGGGUAUGAGAGCGGGUGGAUCGGUAAGAUUGCGGAAAGGGAGGCGGCCGCGUCCACUGGAGAGGGCUGGAGGAGUGAGGCGUUCAAUAUUAUUCCCGGAUCGUACGUUCCUGGCGGCGGUGAGGGUGCGAAGGAAGGACAGAGGGAUGUGGAGGAAAAGGUGAGGGAGAAGGAGGUGAGAGUUGCCGGGGCACCCAGGGGGAAAGUGGAUUUGGGUACUACGCGAUGA